AUGGACCCACCGCCUCGAAGGGAGCAUUUGCCCAGCGCCAACGUUGCACUUUUUGCUUUCCAAACUGCAAUCGGCAUUAGUGUCUUCUUGCUCGCUCCCGACGUCUCUUGGUUACCUUUACACAGUGCUCACGCAGGCUCCGGAGCUAGUGAUAGCAGCGGGUCUGUAGCUUUGGCAUCUUCUACAAUCCCUACAGCUUCAACGUUGAUGCCAACCAAUCCACUUUCCCCUCCAGUCUAUGUAUUUUACAUUUGGAUACCCAUUUACGUCUUCUCAGGCAUCACCGUCAUCACCGACCGCUUCUACCCAAACUACAGCUUCUACUUGACGUCGGACGACCCUAGCUUCCUUCGUCAAUGGUUCCAACUCUCGUGCUUGGCCAAUAUAUCUUGGGUUGUACUUGACAAGUGGUUCAUCUGGGUGCAUAUGGCAACAUUUGCGCUUGGGGUGCUCUGUGAAUUCUCCGUGCGACUUUACUUUGGAUGGGUCAGUGCUGGAUUUGUAUUUGGCAUCGCAGACGUGAUGCAGUAUAUGCACGCAGCUUAUUUCGGAUUUAGUGUCUACGCUGUUUUAUUGGGGGCUCUACUCGUAUUAGCGUUCAGCACUUAUGUCCACGGUAGAGACCCUGUGGUGGGUCUAGUUGUCAUGUGGGCUCUGAUAGGCUUUAUAUCCAGACACUCAACGUUUUCAGGAGAUACAGAGGAGGUUUUCGAGAAGCUGCAGGCUGUUGCUAUCGUCUUCGCACCUGUGUUUACAGUACUUUUGUUCAUCGACAGCGUCCAAUAUGUCUAUACCGUCCAUUGUAAAGCAAGUAUAAGGGUGCCGAGUAGCAGUAAUGAAUCCUACAAAUCAUUUGUGUUCGAGACCACAGCCGAGUAUGGGACGGUGUAA